AUGGUUCUUGAACUUAGAGAUACUAAUAUACAAAAUAGAGCUCUUCUUUAUUUACAAUCUAUCUUAAGUAAACAUGAAAGAUGUCUUGAGGAGUUUCUAUAUAUGCCUAUUCCAAUUGCUGACACUAAUACUGAACAAGAUAACUAUCUAAUUAGAGAAGAGCAACAAUAUAAUAUUAAAAAACUUGCAGAAAUUAUUAAAAAAGAACUUCUCUAUGUAGCUAAACAAGAAGAAUUUGCUAAUUGGCUACUUAGAGUUGAAGAAGUGCAUAUUCCUACUGUUGCUAGAAUAGAGGGCAAUAUUAUUCAACUUCCUAAAGAUAUUAUUUUGCCAUCUCAAGAUAUAAAUGCUCUAAUUCAUUUUAUUUAUCCUAAUCUCUCUGCAAGUUCUGAUUCUCAAUAUUUAGUCAAGUGUACAAUACUAGCUCCAAAAAAUGAACAUGUUAAUGCUAUUAAUGCUGCUAUUAUGACUCAGUUUCUUGGUAAAGCUGUUGAAUAUCUUAGUGCAGAUACAAUUGAAAAUCAAACUGAAUCUAAUCAUCAAUAUCCAAUAGAGUUCCUUAAUUCUCUUAUCAUUGAAG